AUGUCAUUGAUCAAUUCGCUCAAGCUUGACAAUUUCGCCGAUGUCGUGUUCGCCAGAAACGAAUGUGAGCUCAUCACGACAUUUCUCGAGGAGCAAAUUGAAGGCGAUCUGUCGUCGGUGGAGAUUCGCGAUCUCACAACCCAUCUGAUUCGGAAUCGGCUUUGCAGUGGCGACUUCAUCGAGAAUCGGCCGGCGAAAAAAUGGCUCUUCCUCAUAUUCCGCCUUUCGCGUGUUCUAUUUCGCGACAAGACCCGAGUCGCGCAGUUCCACACAAUCGAUGCGCAUUCCAAUUUUGUGCGAACCGUUCAAUUUAUUGCUUCUAGAUUCCUAAGGAAUGAGCAAGAUUGGAACGGGACAAUUGUUAAUACUCUAAAUGUGAUCCAAAAACUGGUCGAUUGCGGCGACACCGCUCAAAAGUUCGUCGAGGCGGGCCUCGAGAACAUCGUGCUCAUGCUGCUCGCGAGCCGCCAAAUGUCGGUCCUUCAACAUUCGCUGGAGAUUCUCGGCCGCCUGUCGGAUUGGUCGGACGCGUGUCGCGAGCAUCUGUGCGAGACGAACACGAUCGACGUGUGCCUUCAGCUGAUUCCCGACGGCGACAUUCUCACACAGAAGCUGUGCGUCAGCCUUCUACGGAUCCUCUCGUGCGAGGAGCAGGCGCGCGAGCAGAUUCGCAUCUACGACGGCGUGCCGACGCUGUUGGGUUUGAUCUCGUUGAAGAACAGCCGAUUGCAAUGGCACGUGGCGUGGACGUUGGCGCAACUCGCCGAGCAAGUCGACACCUCGCUGGAAAUCGCGCAACUCGGCGGAAUCGGUUUGAUAUUUGCGGAAAUCGCGAAUCCGAAGCCGCCCGAGAAGGCGGUCAGCGAUUGGAUCGCCAUGCUCACCGGCCUCACAGCACUGCUGGCGCAACUCUGUCAAACUAGCAGCAAUCAGCAGCUGAUCACCAACAGCAACGGCGUGUUCAUUCUCGGCAAACUUUUGGGAAUCCGAACGUUCGCCAAAAAUCCGGACACUUGCGACUCAUGGCGCCUAUUGCAGUGCUCCAUAUUUCGUGUGCUUCGCCUUUUGUAUACGCUCGAACGAGCGCGGAAUCUGUUGAAGAAGGUGUUCGACACGAGCAUCUAUGAGCUUUUCGUCGACAUCGGCAAUUAUAUUCACGCGUUGUCGAGUUACGAGCAAGUCGCCGAGCGCUACGAGACCUACAUGGAAGAGCAUCCGGAGUUCGCGAGAGACUGGGAGCCGGUCAACGAGAGGAAACAAGCGAUGGGCGAGGUCGGCGAGUACGAGCUUCUCGAUCAGAUCGGCGCCGGCGCGUUCGGGUGCGUCUACACGGUGCGCAAGAAGAACGGCGAUGUGCCGGCGAAGCUCUACGCGCUCAAAGAGAUCUUCAUGACGAAUGUGAGCAGCAGCGAUCGGGGCGAGGAGAAGUCGUUCGGCGACAUGAUCAGCGAGGUCAAAAUCAUCAAACAACAAUUGAGGCAUCCGAACAUUGUGAGAUAUCGACGCAUUUUCGUCGAGAACCAUCGAUUAUACAUCGUAAUGGACUUGAUUCAAGGCGGAUCGUUGCGCGACCACAUUGUGACGAUGAAGGAGAAGCGCUCGAAUUUCGACGAGUCGCGCGUCUGGCGCCUCGUCGUCCAGAUGAUGUUGGCGCUUCGCUAUCUACACAAAGAGAAGCAGAUUGUUCAUCGCGACUUGAAGCCGAACAAUAUAAUGCUAACCGACAACGAUCGAGUGGUGAUAACGGAUUUUGGACUCGCGAAACAAAAAGGCGUCGAAUAUCUGAAAUCGGCCGCCGGCACCAUCAUCUACAGUUGUCCGGAGAUUGUGCAAAACGUGCCGUACGGCGAAAAAGCGGACAUCUGGUCGUUCGGCUGCUGCGUGUAUGAGAUGUGCCAAUUGACGGCUCCGUUCCAUUCGACGAACAUGCUCACGCUGGCGAUGGAGAUUGUCGAAGCGCGCUACGAACCGAUGUCCGAUUCGUGGGGUGCCGAAUUGCGCGAUUUGAUUCGAUCGUGCCUCACACCGAAUCCGUCGGACCGACCCGACAUCCUUCGAAUCUCAUCGCUGUGCGGUCCGAAGAUCCUCGAGUAUCUCGACGAAGUCGCGAGAGAUCAGGCGUCGAUGUCGGAAUCGCAUAAAGAAUCGCUGAACAAUUCAUUCAAUUCGACGACAAGCCUAAUGCCGAGGCGAUCGCUGGUGACGCUGCCGCCGAUCGAGGUCAGCAAGCCGCGACGGAAUCAGUCAAUGUCGGCGAGCGACUUUAAUCGAAACUCGUUGCCGCCGAUAGAGACGAGCGUGGCGGUGAGACGACGGGUGAAGACGUGCUCCACCGAGCAUCCGGCGCGAAGCAGCAGCACGACGGAUUUGAAGCCGGCGGUGAAAUUCGAUGGGCUUUGUGUUCGCAGCAACGCUCUACGACCGAUUCAGGACCCGGUCCUCAUGAUUCUGGAUCAGAUCCAUCGCAUCGUUGUCAUCACCGAUCGGGAGAAUCCGGCGACGGGCACGAAUCAUCAAAGGCGUCUGGUUGAGAUGUUUCGAAAGAAGCUGCUCGGCCGGGAGAGCACCGCCGAGCAAAUGAAGAAGCAUUUGCGAAAGCUCGCCGCUGAAUCAAGCGACGAAAUCGACAUGAAUCUCGGCUUCUCCGAUUUUCGUCCGGUGCUUCUUCAAGCGCACCUCAAUGGCUAUCAGAAGGACCAGAAGGUGACGCGGAUCACCUACGAGCAGUUGUCGGCGUGCAUUCAGAGUCUUUCAUGA